AUGGCCUCCCGAGGGCUCCUCCCCGGCAUCCUCCUCCUGCUGCUGCCCGUACCCGCCCCCGCCCCCUGCUACACGGCCGCACGCUCUGAGUGCCGGCGCAACCUCAAGUUCGUGCCCGGCUCCUGGCUGGCAGGGGAGGGCGUGGAUGUGACCAGCCUCCGGCGCUCAGGCUCCUUCCCGGUGGACACACAGCACUUCCUGCGGCCCGACGGCACCUGUACCCUCUGCCGCAACGCCCUGCAGCAGGGCGCCCUCCAGCGCCUGCCCCUGGCGCUCACCGACUGGCGCGCCCAGGGCUCGGGCUGCAAGCGCAAAGUGGUCAAGGGUGAGGGUCGCUCCACCGAGGAGGUGGCUGGGGCGGCGGCCGACAGCAUCCGUAACGACUGGCAGGUGGGACUGGACGUGAGUCCCAAGCCCAGCAGCAAGGUGCGCGUGACCGUGGCGGGCUCGCACUCCCGGGCAGCCAACUUCGCGGCCCAGAAGACUCACCAGGACCAGUACCGCUUCAGCCUGGACUCAGUGGAGUGUCGCUUCUACAGUUUCCACCUGGUGCACGCUCCCCCACUGCACCCCGAGUUCAAGAAGGCCCUCAAGACCCUGCCCCCCCACUUCAACGUCUCCACCGAGCCUGACUACCGGAGGCUCAUCUCCAGCUAUGGCACCCACUUCAUCCGGUCCAUGGAGCUGGGCGGCCGCAUCUCGGCCCUCACCGCCCUGCGCACCUGCGAGCUGGCCCUGGAAGGGCUCACGGACCAGGAGGUUGAGGACUGCCUGGCCGUCGAGGCCGAGGUCAGCAUAAGCAGUCACGCCAGUGCCUCGUCGGCAUUCAAGGAGUGUGAGGAGAAGAAGAAACAUCACAAGAUGGGGACUUCCUUCCACCAGGCCUACCGGGAACGCUGUUCUGAGGUCGUCGGCGGCCACCACACGUCCAUGCAUGACCUGCUGUUCGGGAACCAGGCCGGGCCCGAGCAGUUCUCAGCCUGGGUGGCCUCGUUGCAGGACAGCCCCGGCCUGGUGGACUACACGCUAGAGCCGCUCCACGUGCUCCUGGACAGCCAGGACCCGCGGCGGGAGGCACUCAGGCAGGCUGUGAGCAAGUACGUGAUGGACAGGGCACGCUGGAGGAACUGCAGCCGCCCGUGCCCCCCGGGGCAGCGCAAGAACCCUGAGGACCCGUGCCAGUGCGUGUGCCAUGGCUCAGCGGCCACCAACCAGGACUGCUGUCCCAGGAAGAGGGGCCUGGCCCGCCUGGAGGUCAUGAACUUCCUGGCGACGGGUCUGUGGGGAGACUGGACCACUGCCACGGACGCCUACCUGAAGGUCUUCUUCGGUGGCCAGGAGCUGAGGACCGACACAGUGCUGAACAACAACCACCCCAGGUGGAUGACACGGCUGGACUUCGGGGAUGUUGUGCUGACCACAGGGGGCCCCCUAAGGGUGCAGGUCUGGGAUGCAGACUACGGCUGGGACGAUGACCUUCUCGGCACCUGUGACCAGACUCCAAAGUCUGGCUCACACGAGGUGAAGUGCCACCUGAAGCACGGUCACCUGAGAUUCUCCUACCAUGCUAAGUGCUUGCCUCACCUGGCGGGGGGGACAUGCCUGGAGUACGCCCCCCGAGGGCUUCUUGGGGAGCCUCCAGGAAACCGGAGUGGGCCAGUGUGGUGA